AUGAAUGCCAAAGAUAAAGAGCAGAAAAUCUGCACUGAGUUUUUAAAAACACUUAGAGGCUUAACUCAUGAGAAGGCAAGGUGCAGAGCCCAAGUCGAUUUUAUCGCAAAUCUCCAGGAAGAUUUGCAGAUUGUGAGUUCUAAGCUGCCUAAAUUCUCAGAGCUUGAGGAAGAUUACAUCGAAUACAAGGAACAAGCCAAUCAAAAAAUCAACAUACUCAAGGAAGAUGCAGAGAAGACCAAGAAUGAACUUGAGAUUAAAAAUGCUCAAUUUAUCAAAACUGAAAGAGAGCUAACUGAGUUCAAGAAGCUUUAUAUUGCUACUAAAGCACAAUUAGAGAGAGGCGAUUGCAAGAAUUCUCAAUUCAUUGCUAGUGAGAUCAGCCAAAAUAAUGAUUACAUUAAAGAAGCUAUAGAAGGAUUUGAAUUCUUAAAGAAAGCGAUCAAGGACCUUCAGAACAAGACUGAAGAGAAUGAUAGAUUAUUAUCAAGAGAAUUAGAACAGCAAGAAUCUAGUUCUGAAAUACAAGAUUUUCUAAAAGAGACUGAUAAUUGGGUAAAUAACUGAGAUAAAAACGAGGAUAAUCAGCUUGGGAAUCCCCUUCUCAAAAGGUUCUUAAUAAAGGGAGGAGACAUAGAUCUUAUCCCUUGUCAAGAUUCUUGCUAUCUAGCUCCUACCGAUAUUGAACAGAUCAUAAGUAAGCAGAAAGAAAUUCAAACUCUCCUUUCAAAAAAUCAGGGAGAGAUAUCAAAACUAAAGCAAGAGAACAGCAACCUCCAAGCUAAGAUAGCAUCUCUCGCCAAUAUUGAUCAGUCAGACUUAGAAGAGAUUGCAGACGCAAUGGCUGACGAUAAGCUUGAAGAAAUCAAGCAGCAAUUUAUCACAGAAAAAGAGAAAAUUAUGAUAGAUUUUCAGGAAAGAGUCAAAAAGAUCCUUCAAUUAGAGAUGGAAAUUGAUGUUCAUCAAGAACAAAACUCUAAGCUUGAAGGGAUUAUCCAGAGUUGUAGUUCAGAUCCUGCCAAGGCUAUCCAGAGAUAUGAGAAAGAUCUAGACUUCCUGAACCUUAAGUAUCAACAAGUAACAGGUGAGCUUGAAGCAACUAAGGUUGAGGUCAAGGUAUCCAAUAAGCAGAUUGAAGCACUUACUAAAACGCUUGAAACCGCAAGAUCUGAGCUGAAGAAGAACUUAGAGGAGACUAGAAAUUUAAGAAGAAUCGCCCAGAAGUUGAGAAAUGCAAUAGAGAGUGACCCCAUGACUUCUAUAAAGCUUUCAUUUGGAGGUACUUGUGCUGGAGGAAUUAAGAAGGUUGUCAAGAAAGUUAAGAAUUCUAAUAAUUUACCAUAA